AAAUGAGCCAACUCGAAAAUCAAAAAAAAAAAAGUCUCUAUAUCAUUCUAAAAGGAAUAGACCUUUAGAACGUCAAAUAACAAAUUCAGAUAUUGCUAAAGUUGCUACAGAAGUAUUGGAUUGGUCAAAUAAACCUUUAGUUGCAAGGUACAAGUAUUAUAUGGGAAGUAUAAUCCAUUUAGAAGCACAUAUUUUUCGAUUAAACCAAAGUUAUACUGAACUGGAAUCAUCACUUGUAACUGAAAUUAUAGCAAAAAAAAUGAUCUUAGAAUGAUGGAUAGUAUGAAUGUAUUCAAAAAUACUAAAAUUCAAUCCGAUCCUGUUGAUGAAGCUCGAUUUAAAGUUUUUGAUGAUUGGAAAACCACUUUUGAAAACUAUUACCGCCAUAAUCCAAGAUUUAAGAAAUAUAAAAUUGAUAUAGGUCAAAUAGAACCUAUCAAGAUCACAUCAAAUCCAAAAUUUUGGACUGCUGAAGAUGUUUAUAAGUAUGUGACAAAUGAUCUGUUUUGUAAAGAUGUUGGACUAAAAUUAUUUAAUGAGGAAGUUGAUGGAGUAGCAUUUAUGCUAUUAAAUGAAGAACAACUUUUACUGCGGUUAAGAUGUACGAUAAAUUUAGCAAUAAGAAUAAUGUGUCAUGUCGCUGAAGUGAAAUAUGUUUGUUUAACAAAAUAUUGUAAUGUUCAAGUUUAAUAAAUACUUGACAAAAAAUUUUUAAAUUGUACUUUAUUUAUUGUACUCUAUUUUAUUUUGUUAAUAGUUAUUUAGAAAAUAAAUGUGGCUUAUCUAGUUUAAAACUUAUUGACAAUAAUAAUAAUUGUUUUUAUUAUUUUAUUUAUGUAUUUAAAGAAUGUAUGUUUAUUGUUUAUUAUUACUAUGUCCAAUUUAUUAUAAUAAUUAUUAUUCAGUAUGUAAUUUUCUUAUAGUACAGUAGAAACUCUAUUUAACAAACUUGAAGAUUCUCAAAAAACAAAAUAAAUGUGUUAAAUAGAAAUAAUAAUAAUAAUUUGAAUAAAAUAUUAUUUAAAUAAUCAUCUAAAUAAAAUUGUAUUUGAAUGACACCCUACUCUAUUGUAUACAAAGUUUUGUUAAAUAGAGGUUCUAAUAUAAUUGUAUUAUAUUAUAUAAUAGUUAAUGUUUUUUAUACAUAUAAUUAAUUUAUUAUUUAAAAGUACACAACUGUAUAGUAUUAGUUUUAAAUAAUAUUUAAUUAAUAUUAAUUAUUGUAAUAUAGAUCAGUGUUUCCCAACUGGUGUUCCACGGAACCUAAGGAUUCCGUCAGCCGGGUGCCAAGAGUUCCAUGAAAAAUUUGGGAAAAUAUAAAUUAAUUAAUAAUAUUUUGGAUUUGAACUAUGAUUCUAACAUAGAAUAGCUUUAAAAAUUGUAUGGAGGUUAUACAAAACGUUAAAGCUUCUGCAAAAGUUCCGCAAGUAAAAGAAGUUGGGAAACACUGGACUACUCUAUACUCUGUUCAAAAUGAGAUUGUGACUCGACAACCAAUCUGUGCGCUUGGGUAUGGCUUUACUACACAGCAACUAUUUUGA